GAAAAAGGAAGCCAAAGAAGGCUUGCAAAGUGUAUCUUUCUCUAUAUAUAUUGGACACGGGUGUUUAGAAAACAAAAACACAUACAAACAACUUCUAUAACGAUAUCAUAUAUAUAUGAACAUAUAAGGGAGAAAAGAAACAACCUAGCUAAUAAGGAAAGAAAGAAAAGCUUUUCUUGAAUUCCUUACGUUUGGCUCGAGUUUUGAGGAUUCAAGAAUGGACACUCUGAGAAACAGAGGCGUCUUUAGGGUUUCUGUUUGUGGGCAGGAAGAGAUAGAGCAGUUAUCUAGAGAUGGUAGCCAGUAUAGUCUUACUAAUGCAGUUUUACCUUCACUUGGUGCAAGAAGUAACCGGAGAGUCAAGCUCAGGACAUUCAUUAUCUCGCCUUAUGACCGCCGUUACAGAAUAUGGCAAACUUAUCUUGUUCUUCUAGUCGUCUAUACUGCUUGGGUAUCACCUUUUGAAUUUGGAUUUCUGGAGAAACCAGAGGGACCACUCUCUAUCACUGAUAAUGUUGUCAAUGGAUUCUUUGCUGUGGAUAUCCUUCUCACCUUCUUUGUUGCUUACCUUGACCAUUCUACUUACCUGCUUGUUGACGACCCAAAACGGAUUGCUUGGAAGUAUACAAGUUCAUGGCUUGCUUUCGAUGUCAUAUCCACGAUCCCAUCUGAACUUGCUCGAAAGAUUUCGCCUAAACCAUUCCAAUCCUAUGGAUUUUUCAAUAUGCUUCGCCUUUGGCGUCUCAGAAGAGUCAGUGCCUUAUUUUCCAGACUGGAGAAAGAUAGGAACUAUAACUACUUCUGGGUUCGAUGUGCCAAACUUAUUUGUGUCACCCUUUUCGCUGUUCACAGUGCUGGAUGCUUCUAUUAUCUUAUUGCUGCACGCUAUCAUAACCCCGGAAGAACUUGGAUUGGACAAUCCUUGGGGGACAAUUUCCUUGAACAGAGUUUGUGGAUCCGAUAUGUGACUUCAAUAUACUGGUCUAUUACUACUCUGACGACUGUUGGCUAUGGUGAUCUGCACCCUGUGAAUACAAGGGAGAUGAUUUUUGAUAUCUUUUAUAUGCUUUUCAACCUUGGAUUGACAGCAUAUUUGAUUGGUAACAUGACCAACUUGGUUGUUCAUGGGACUAGCCGAACUAGAAGAUUUAGAGAUACCAUACAAGCAGCUUCAAGUUUUGCACAGAGGAACCAACUUCCUCUUCGCCUGCAAGAUCAGAUGCUUGCACAUCUGUGUUUGAAGUUCAGGACAGAUUCAGAGGGACUGCAGCAGCAAGAGACUCUCGAUUCCCUUCCAAAAGCAAUUCGUUCAAGCAUUUCCCAUUAUCUUUUCUAUUCUCUCCUAGACAAGGUGUACUUAUUUAGUGGGGUUUCCAAUGACUUGCUUUUCCAGCUGGUAUCAGAGAUGAAAGCUGAGUAUUUCCCCCCCAAAGAAGAUGUGAUUUUGCAGAAUGAAGCACCGACAGACUUCUAUAUACUCGUCACUGGUGCUGUGGAUCUACUUGUUUACAAAAAUGGAGCUGAACAGGUUGUUGGGCAGGCAAAAACUGGUGAUCUUUGCGGUGAGAUUGGGGUGCUUUGCUAUAGGCCACAACUUUUUACAGUACGGACCAAAAGACUGAGCCAGCUACUACGUCUGAACCGUACUACAUUUUUAAACAUUGUUCAGGCAAAUAUUGGAGAUGGGACCAUAAUCAUGAAUAAUCUCCUUCAGCAUUUGAAAGAACAAAAGGAUCCAAUAAUGGAAGGAGUUUUGGUGGAGACAGAGAACACGCUAGCUCGUGGUCGACUGGACCUACCUCUCAGUCUAUGCUUUGCUGCACUCAGGGGAGAUGAUUCCUUAUUACAUCAGUUGUUGAAACGGGGCCUGGAUCCAAACGAAUCAGACAACACUGGGAGGUCAGCACUGCAUAUAGCAGCAUCAAAAGGAAGUGAGAACUGUGUACUUGUUUUACUAGAUUAUGGGGCAGAUCCUAACUCUAAAGACUCUGAAGGGAACGUGCCACUAUGGGAGGCCAUGGUGGGUGGUCAUGAAGGAGUGACCAAACUGCUGAUGGAAAAUGGUGCAAACAUACAAUCUGGAGAUGUAGGUCAUUUUGCAUGCACUGCUGCUGAACAAAACAACUUGAAUUUGCUCAAGGAAAUUGCUCGACUUGGAGGGGAUGUAACCUGCCCUAGGAAGAAUGGAACUACAGCACUUCAUGUUGCAGUUUGUGAGGAUAACACUGAAAUAGUUAGAUAUCUCCUGGACCAAGGUGCUAAAAUUGACAAACCAGAUAUCCAUGGUUGGACUCCGAGAGAUCUAGCUGACCAACAAGGACACGAAGAAAUAAAAUUCAUUUUCGAAACUUGUAAAGAGCCCAAAACUGAAACUGUUGUUUCGAUUCCUGAGAAACCGCAGCCACCCGGCAUUAGGUUUCUUGGGAGAUUUACAAGUGAGCCAAAUAUCCGUCCCCUGUCCCGUGAUGGUUCGUUCACAGGUACAGAUGAUAGAUCAUGGAGUCAAAACCGUCCAAGACGCAGAACUAAUAAUUUUCACAACUCGCUCUUUGGGAUGAUGUCAGCUGCUCACAAGGGAGAGAAGGAAUUACCAUUUCCAGUUACCCCAUCUAUAGGUGUAGACAAUUAUGGAACUAACCCUGCUAGAGUGGUAAUUAGUUGCCCAGAAAAGGUAGAAAUUGCAGGAAAGCUUGUUCUUCUCCCAAGGAAUUUGCAGGAGUUGGUUGAGAUUGGCAGUAAGAAAUUUGGACUCUCGCAUGCCAAAGUUUUAAACAAGGAUAGAGCUGAAAUUGAUGAUAUUGAAGUGAUUAGAGAUGGCGAUCACAUCUUAUUUGUAAGUGAUCGGACAAAAGAGAUUAACCGCCAAUACUCCCUACCUGUUCUCAGUGAUCAAACACAAGAAACUAACAGCCAUAAUCCCUAAGAAAGGGGUCAUGAUGUAUAUGACGCAUCAAAACUGGUGCCUGAUUAAUUUCUUUUUUUCUUUCCAAGUUUCUCUCUCUUUUUUUUUCUCCUUCGCAAUAUUUUUUGUGAAAAUUUUAGUAGACCAAGCAGAUCCGAUGUAAAAAAUCAUUGCCUGAGAUGGAUCUUCAGAGGUAUGUGCCUCUUUCGUAUCUCAAUAGCCUUUCAAUACACAGUUUUCUUGUUCAA